UGACGUGUCGCUGGAGAGCCUCUCUCUUUCUGCUGGAGGCAGCGGGGCUGAUUCCACACUAGCUCUGCUGAUCCACGGCACUGGGACCAUAACCGGACUGGGACUCGGACAGAGCGCACCAUGGCCAUCAAAUUUUUGGAGGUGAUAAAACCCUUUUGUGCAGUAUUACCUGAAAUCCAGAAACCAGAAAGGAGGAUUCAGUUCAGAGAGAAGGUGCUAUGGACAGCCAUCACACUAUUUAUCUUCCUGGUCUGCUGCCAGAUUCCGCUCUUCGGCAUCAUGUCAUCAGACUCUGCAGAUCCGUUCUACUGGAUGAGAGUCAUUCUUGCUUCUAACAGAGGUACGCUGAUGGAGUUAGGUAUCUCUCCCAUCGUUACCUCUGGGCUGAUUAUGCAACUGCUGGCUGGAGCUAAAAUUAUCGAGGUCGGAGACACGCCGAAAGACAGAGCACUAUUUAAUGGAGCUCAGAAAUUGUUUGGAAUGAUUAUCACCAUUGGCCAGGCUAUUGUGUACGUAAUGACUGGCAUGUAUGGAGACCCCUCAGAGAUGGGUGCUGGGAUCUGUCUUCUCAUCAUCAUCCAGUUAUUUGUGGCUGGACUGAUAGUGCUGCUGCUGGAUGAGUUGCUGCAAAAAGGCUAUGGUUUGGGUUCGGGCAUUUCUCUCUUCAUUGCUACGAACAUCUGUGAGACAAUUGUAUGGAAAGCUUUCAGCCCAACUACAGUCAACACUGGCAGAGGUACUGAGUUUGAAGGAGCAAUCAUUGCUCUGUUCCACUUAUUGGCCACACGUACAGAUAAAAUACGAGCUUUGAGAGAAGCUUUCUACAGGCAGAACCUACCCAACCUCAUGAAUCUUAUUGCUACAGUCUUUGUCUUUGCUGUGGUUAUAUACUUCCAGGGCUUCAGAGUUGAUCUGCCAAUUAAGUCUGCACGUUACCGUGGUCAGUACAACACAUAUCCCAUCAAGCUCUUCUACACCUCCAACAUUCCAAUCAUCCUGCAGUCAGCACUGGUCUCCAACCUCUACGUCAUCUCUCAAAUGCUCUCUACUCGCUUCAGUGGCAACUUCCUGGUUAAUUUACUGGGAACCUGGUCUGACACCUCAAGUGGAGGGCCAGCUCGUGCGUACCCUGUAGGAGGUCUGUGUUACUACCUCUCCCCUCCAGAGUCAUUUGGCUCUGUUUUAGAUGACCCAGUUCAUGCUGUCAUCUACAUCGUCUUCAUGUUAGGAUCCUGUGCCUUCUUCUCAAAGACCUGGAUUGAGGUUUCUGGAUCUUCAGCCAAAGACGUGGCAAAGCAGCUAAAGGAACAGCAGAUGGUCAUGAGGGGUCACAGAGACACUUCUAUGGUUCAUGAACUUAACAGGUACAUCCCUACAGCUGCAGCAUUUGGAGGACUGUGUAUAGGUGGUCUUUCAGUCAUGGCUGAUUUCCUGGGGGCUAUUGGUUCAGGAACUGGAAUCUUAUUGGCCGUAACAAUCAUCUACCAGUACUUUGAGAUCUUCGUUAAGGAACAGAGUGAAGUUGGCAGUAUGGGUGCUCUACUCUUCUAGAAACUCCCUCCAUUACUACAUGAGACUGAUACAACCUCUGUUCUUUGCUAAAUUCUUUUUAUAUAAUUUUUUGAUUUGUCACACAGACACUACGCUGGCUCUCAAUGGUAUUUACGUAAUGCAUCCUUUUUGUUUUGAAGAUCUGCCCAUUACACAUCCUGGAUCCCUUUUUUUGUCUGGGGAAAGUCAUUUGCAGCAUGGUCUCCCAGCAUUCAGCAUGGGAAUGUACUUGUCCCUUUUUCCAUGUCAUAGGGUGUCCAUUUUUCCUUCAUCUCUUCAGCCAGUACACUUCUUGCUGUGUUUUUAAUCGUGUUUCUGAUGGUAGAAAGCACAAAAGGUUAAUGUUCCGGAAGUGGAUAAAACCAGUGACUUGGAUGUGCAGCAUGUGUUGGCUUUGUCAAGCAAAGAUCUAAAGCAGUGCCAGUGUAUGUGAUCAGGUAACCACAGUGUCAUGCCAUGGAGACUGUUAAUUGAUCCCUUGUAAAUAAAAACUUUUGACAGAAUUUCUGAUGUAA